AUGCAUGCUACUGCUCCCUCUCCUAGUGUAUAUCCUCCGCCACCUAUUUGCUUGCACAUGCAUCGUAAAGACGGUGUUGUGCCCCCGCAGGUGAGAUCGAGGUUUGCCGAUAUCCAUGAACGGAAGCAUGGCCUUGCGCACGUCGGCACGGUUUCUACUAUUGAUGUUGGUAUUUGA